ACCACCCACCAUUGCGAACAGGAAAGAGAGAGAGAAAGUGAGUUUUUCUCUUUGGGUUCUCUCUUCUCUCUUCUCUUUGGCUCUGGGAAUUUUGAAAAACGAAAACAGAAGGCUUCUUUUUCUUUUUAUUUUUUUUACCAAAUUAAACAAGAAAAAAAUGAGCACUGAAGAAGCAAAGAGAAGCAUCACCGGAGCUCUGACGGUGAAACCGACAACCGACGACCGGAAGCCAUCUCCCGUGACUACUGCGGCAUCGGCUGCUGCAACGGGAAAGAAAGUCAUCAUCAAAAGCGCCGACAUGAAAGAUGACAUGCAAAAAGAAGCUGUCGAUAUAGCCAUCUCUGCAUUUGAGAAGAACAAUGUAGAGAAAGAUGUAGCAGAGCACAUAAAGAAAGAAUUCGAUAAGAGACAUGGUCCCACUUGGCAUUGCAUCGUUGGUCGCAAUUUUGGUUCAUACGUCACUCAUGAGACAAACCACUUUGUUUAUUUCUAUUUAGAUCAGAAAGCAGUUUUGCUCUUCAAAUCUGGCUAAUCAUGUUGUUACAUGGAUGAAGAGUGGUGAUUCAUGAGAGGCUUUUGCUUAUGCUGUUAUACUUAGGAACUGUAUGUAUUAAUUCAAACCUGCUUGUAUGUGAAUCCUCUGUGUCCUAAAGUUCUUGUGCCUAACUUGUAUAUUUUAUUACAACCUAAACUGGGUUUGAACCAUGGAUGUCAACUGCGGUCAUUUGCCUAUUGGUUUCCCUUAGUUUGCUCACUAAUUACUUA